GGUACGCCUCUGUCUUUCGCUCUCUCUCUCUCACACACACACUCUCUCCCUCACACACACAAUUAUGCUCAUAGUGUGGUUGGUACUACCGUGUUGUUGACUCCGGCUUGCUGGGUGCGCAUUGCCCGUUUCCAAAGAUAAACAUUGACCGCCCCGCGUUUAAAGGAGGCAACUUUCAAGAGCUCGCAAACUGCAACGGGGUGAGAACGCGCCCAGAGACUACAAAAACUUUGACAGCCAGCUGUACGCCACAGAGGAACAGCGAGAGGGAAGACGAAGUGACGGGAGGACAGCUACUUCGAGGAUGGAGGAGGAUUGCACAGUCAAGCCAUCGGUGGCUGAGCUGGCUGGACGGUUCAAGGGUCACCCUCUGCCGAUGCCCACUGCAAAUGAAGAGAGGCGCUCCGUCAGAAAAAGACCCCCGUGCUCCCUGAACUUCCAGAACAAGAAGGAUGGCGAAGGUGAGCCAGAGAAACCUGCAAUCGUCUCACCAGUCACCCCUAAGGGCAAGCUGAAGAACUCACCCCUGUUUGAGAAGAUUCAGGCUAACCUGGCUCUGUCCCCCACUGCCUUGAGUCCAGAGGUGAAGCUUCAGGCCACGCCCUUUCCUCCCGCAGGCCCCACCCCCCCGUGCAGCCCCCCAUGCACCCCCCUGAGCCCCACGCAGCGCCAGCCUCAGACGCAGACCAGCGAGGAGGAGGUGCCCGUCAGCUUCGAGCAGCCAGCCGAGGGCACUCCCCUGCCCAACAUCAACAAGUGUCGGCCGCGUGUCUCCUUCAAGCGACGGCAGCCCACACGCCAGCACCGCAAGUCGGCCACCGAGGAUCCGGAGUUGUCCCCCUCUGGCGAGCAGAAUGGAGAUGGCGCCGACGUAUUCGAUGAGCCCACCAAGGGUCGCACCAAGUCGAUCAACGAGGGUCCGGAUUUCUCCCCCGAUGAGCCCACCAAGGGUCGCACCUCCCCGCAGCCCUCCGUCGUGAAGAAAACCUCUGAGAAAGAUGAGGAAGGGGUGGAGGAUGCUACCGAGGCCCAGGAGGAGGCUGCGUCUGGUGAGCAGGACGCCGACCACAAGGCCCCUUUGGAGGGGCAGCCCGAGGAGCAGCAGGAGUUGGAUCCAAAGGAGGUGGUGAUAGAGGAGAGCCAGCAGACGAUAGAGAAGGGCGCGUCUCCUGGGGGAGGGGACAGCAGUGGAAAGGACUAGAGCCAAAAAACACUGGACACUGAAGACAGCGUGAAAAGCCAAAAAACCCUCCAUGCAUUGCUGAAGCCAAAGAAACAUGGCGUGACAUUCUCAUGGCAGUAACCGUGGGAGGACAUGCCUCCAUUCACCAUAAACACAAAACGCAAGAACACACGAGUUGGACUCAGUCACACCGGAAAGACUGUUUUUUUGUUGUUUUUGUUGUCGUUCUUUUUUCUUCUUCUUUAUGUCAGACUCCCACCUUGUGUUAAUGUACUGUCAUUUUGCUCACAUUAGAGAAGGGAGAGGAAGCCUCUAACAGUAAACAGGCCCAUGUGAGGGCUACUCACUCCGUGCGAGUCUGGAGUUGAGAAAACAGAAAAUCUGGACCGUUCAAAAUCCCAGAUAACCUGUUGUGCAAAGACCAUUUGGUGAAAAUGAAUUUAUGGAGCAGGAUUAUUCUAUGCAUAUAUUUUUAUCAGUGGAUACAUUUGAUAAUAAUGAAGACCACGAGUCUAUUUUGCUUAAUGGCUUACUUACAAUUUUUUUUAUUGCCUUUUUCGGAGAUAAUAUGGUAAUGGAGGAGGGGUUUAUGUAGUUUGGUCGCUAUCUGUUACAAAGAGGGUUUGUAUGGAAACUUAAUAUAUGAUCAACCGAAAGUAUAUCUUGGCUUCUGCAGGGUUGGGUUGUCUGUGACUUGAACAAAAAUACAAUGUUAUAAAAAAUUACUACGGAACUGUGCAAGGGACAUGGGCUAAAACAUUAAUUAUAUAUAUAUAUAUAUAUAUAUAUAUAUAUAUAUAUACGUACACCUAAUUUAAUAUAUACAAAAUAAAAUCAUCAGCAUUAAAUUGUUUGAGUGAAAUAGGACCUCAUGUAUACAGAUUCUUCAAUCUAUGCCCAAGGAAUAGGGAUUCGUUCCCUGUUUCUUUUACAAUUUGUAAUUUUGUCCCAGCUCAGCACAUGCACAAGAUCACUGGCUAUUGGACUGGAUUCCCUCAGUGUUAAAAUAAAAUCAGAUGAGUGCAUCCCUGACCAUUAUGAUUAGGCUGCUUUAGCUAGAUUCCUUUGAGGAACUGACUGCCAAACAGGGAUGGAAAACAAAUUGUGCACAAGAAUGAAAGAAAUCAUGCACACAAAGCCCUAUUUCACCUCUAUGUCCCUGGCACGAUUCCAUAAAUUACUGUCCAUGGAGGACAAUGUUUUCUACACACUGUUUUUAGCUACUUUCAGGGGGAAAGGGGCUUUCCCUCUGAUUUAAGGACAUUAAAACAUUUUCAGUUGCUACUGUAGAUUACUCUAUGAUCUUGUAUUGUAAAUAUCCAAUCAAAUAAAGAGCUUGAUUUAUAUUUUAAA